AUGUACUUCAAGGGCGACCACGAUCUCAAGGCGCAGAUCAAGAUAGUGCUUCAGAACUUGCUCGAGAGAACAAACGCUUCCAAGGAAUCCGAUAUCCGGUCGACGUUCGAAUACCCUUCCUACGAUCCUCGCGUCUACGGCUCUGCAUUCUGUCAGAUGUCGAAACCGGAGGACUGCGCGCAGUGUCUCAGGACGGCCAAAAAGAUGCUUCUUCGUGGGUGUUACCACAACUCCGGCGCUGAGUUCUACUCCGAGCUUUGUUUCCUGAGAUUUGAGUUUUACAACUUCAUUUCUUGA